CUCUGGACGCGGCGCUCAGCAGCCAGCUCACCGCCACCGCCGGCUGCUCGCAGGCGCAGACGCAGCUGGCUCAGCUCACCGAGGACGUAGCUACAAUCAAGUACGAGCGAGACAAGGCCACGACGAAGCUGAAUGACUUGACUACGGUGCGGAAGAAUCAGGAGAGCCUCAUACACCGGCUGCAGAAGCGCCUGCUGCUUGUAACGAGGGAGCGAGAUAGCUAUAGACAACAGCUAGACUGCUACGAGAAGGAGUUAUCGGUGACUCUAUGCGGCGAAACCGGCGCAGGCAGCGCUGCUUUAUUAUCAGCGCGCGUGGAACAGCUGGAGAAGGCUCUACAAGGCUACCGCGACCUGCUGGCCACUCACGAUCAACACGCGCACACUAAAAUGGUGGAAAGUCUCCGCAACGAGGUGACCAAGUGGCGCGAAGAGGCGGAGUCCCUCCGUCGCGACGUGCAGAAGUUUCGCUCGCAGCGGGACAUGCUGCAAGCGCAUGUUGAACGCCUUGGGAGCAGCCAGGGAACCAAGGUGCUUCACCUGGCUGACAAUCCCGCAGCCGCCGCACAAAAACAAUUCCAAUUGGACUUGGAAGCCGCACAAGAAGAGAUAAAGCAGUUAAAAGCGGCGUUGCGUGAAGGCGGGUCGCGCGCCUGCUCCGAUGCGGACACGCAGGCGCUGCGGCAACAGCUCGAGAAUAGAGACAUCAAGCUCAAAAGGAUGAAGGAAGAAUUCACUUCGUCAGCACAAGAAUAUAGAGACGUCUGUUAUAUGCUUCUAGGUUAUAAGAUAGAUAGAACUGGCCAUAAAAAUUAUAGAAUAUCAAACAUGUAUGCUGAAUCAGCAGACGAGUACCUCACCUUCAAGCUUUGUGACGAUGGCAUCGAGAUGGUGCACACCGAUUACUCGUCUACGCUGGGUGAGCUGGUGGAACUACAUCUCCACCACCACCGCUCCAUCCCACUGUUCCUCUCUGCUCUCACCAUGGAACUCUUCACUCGGACAACGAUGCAGCAAGAUCAGGAGUGCUAAUCGGAUCAAAGUGAAUCAGUGAAAUGUGUAGUGAUGUUACAGUGAACGAUGAAUCGAGGAUAUUUAUUGUGGCAAAACAAUUUGGGUUGUAAAAGCUGAUGGGUAAAUAUAUUUCUAUUAAACGAGAGUAUUUUGAACUGAAACUUCUGCAUGUUUUCUACUUUUGAACUUCAAUUUUAACGUUAAGAGUAAUUGUACGAUCAAUGUAAUUUGUAGUUCCUCGAUUUAUUUUUGUAAUAAUAGAACUGUGCAAUCUCACAUUAUUUUCAAAAUUACAUUUAAUUGACAUUUUAGCUAAUCUUUGACAUUUUGUUAUAAUGAGAAAAUAGUAAAAUCGGUGUAAUAAAUCCAUAGAUUUAAUUAAUACAGACAUUUGAAGAGAAAAUAUUUUAAAUAUGCAUUCCAAAUAGUGAAAAAAUAAGAAACAAAGUGUAUGUGUAUCAAUUAAUUUCGAAUGUGUCAGUAAUUGAACAAUUGUAUCAUAAUGACUAAAUAUCACAUGUAACUGAUUUACAAACGUAAGUCUAUGAUGGUUAUGUGGUUUACGAAAGAUAUUUACUAUCAAAUAAAUAGUGUUAAAAAUA